GACAGUUAUUGCUUAUUGGCGAAGAGGUUGGGAUGUGAUGUUGAUUUGAGCAAUUGGGUCGUAGGGCUAAACCUAUGUUGUGUACUUAAAUCGUUGAUGAGUUUACGUAAUAAUGUUUAGAAAACCUGAAAGCGAGGAUGGCGAUUGUGUUCUGCUGUGUGAAAAACUGUUUUGAUGGGAUGGGAUUUUCAGCAACACCAGCGCUUAGGCGAGAAACUAAUCCCAUCACACUAGAUACUAAUCACAUUGGUCAUGAAGUUGUGAUUGUAAAAAACGGAUUGCGAAUAUGCGGCAGUGGCGGUGCUACCACAAAUGCACCACUAGUACAGAGCAAAUCCUACUUUGAAGUGAAAAUUCAGCAGUCUGGUGUAUGGGGAGUAGGGUUGGCAACUCUCAACACUGACUUAAACAGGUCACCUGGAGGAAUGGAUGCAGGAUCAUGGGUAUUUUGUUAGGAUGGAGUAUUCAGACAUAACAACACUGAAAUACAAAAAGCUCUGGAGCAUGCGAAUGAAGGUGAUAUUCUGGGUGUCUCGUAUGAUCAUGUGGAACUCAACUUUUAUCUGAAUGGAAAAAAUAUGGACAGUCCUGUAACAGGGGUCAAAGGACAUGUUUUUCCAGUAUUAUUUGUUGACGAUGGUGCCAUUUUAGACAUCGUGUUGGACAACUUCAAUUAUCCGCCGCCUCAAGGUUUUGAAAAAAUUAUGUUGGAGCAGUCCUUACUUUAGAGCACUUCUGGUGCCAGUGGUGGUCUUCAGAAGUGGCCAUG